AUGAUAGUCUUCGGGAUUCCGUAUCAUAUAACAAGUGAGGGCUUCCGAGACUACUUUGCUCAGUUCGGAGAGCUGCAGGAGUGCGAGCUAAUGUUCAGCCGAGAAGGAAGGUCCCGUGGGUUCGGCUUCGUCCUGUACAAGGACGAGGAAACCAACACUCGGGUGAAGGACAUGCAGCACAGCAUGGAAGGAAGAAGUUUGGAUCUCAAACUGAGAGACACGGGCGACAGAUUCAAGCAUGAUGAAGGACGGCCGGCCCUGUCUAAGACGAAGAUCUUCAUCGGCCGACUUGGAGAUGCUGUGGAACCAGAGGAUCUCCGCCAGUACUUCGAGCAGUUCGGAGCCAUUACUGAUGUUUUCAUGCCUGUGCAUCAUGCCACUGGGAAACGCAAGAAUUGUGGGUUUGUAGAAUUUCAAGAUCCAAGCAGCGCAAGUCAAGCUCUCGAACAGCCAAAACACGUCAUCAAAGGCGUUGAAUGCACCGCACAGGUGCAACUCAUUGCUGUCUUGACCUUGGACUUGCUUCCCUGA